CCGAGAGUCCCGUCCGCGCGGCUCAGCGGAAGGCGCCUGCACCGCGUCUCCGAGGCAACGCGUAGGGCUGUUUCCGGAGGCGGUGGCCGCGGUGGGCGGGGCUAGGCCGGAGCUGCAGGAAAAGCUUUUGGAAACCACAGCGCCUGCAAGACCCUUUGGCAGCUGGGGGUUGGAAGCAGCGGAACGAAAGGCAGACGUUCCUCGGUUGCUAGGCCGGACGUAGACCCAGUCUGUCCGUCCUUUCAAGUUUCCCCCAGGGCUGGGAUCCAGGCGUGCGGCAAGUUCAAGCUCUCCGGCACCGUAGUGGUCGUCGGUGGCCCGAGUUAGAGGCCAAUUGAGCAAUCUUCGUGCCUCAGAUUUGUUGACCUACAGAAUGCUUCGAUACCCAUGCUUUUAUAGAAUCUAUACAGAAUUUCUUUCAUGCUGGCUGGAAGCUGGCAUAUUUAACUUAGGUGUCUGGCCAAAAAAGAUACAUGCUACAGCAGAAAGAUGUGAGGAGUAUGAAGCCCAGGAUCAAACAGAGCAGACUGGAGCCCAGGAGUCCCACAGAUCUCAAGACGGAGGUUCUGAAGCUAGGACUCAAUUACAUGUCCCAGUAAUGGUGGACGAAGUGGUUCGUUGUUUGGCACCACAAAAAGGGCAGAUUUUUCUAGACAUGACGUUUGGUUCAGGAGGACAUGCAAGAGCCAUUCUGCAGAAAGAGUCAGAUAUUACUCUGUAUGCCUUAGACAGAGACCCGACAGCUUAUGCAAUAGCUGAACAACUUUCAGAAUUGUAUCCCAAACAGGUCCAAGCUCUUCUAGGCCAGUUCAGCCAGGCAGAAGCCUUAUUAAUGAAAGCUGGCGUGCAGCCAGGGACUUUGGAUGGAGUUCUUCUGGAUCUUGGAUGUUCCUCCAUGCAACUUGAUGCUCCUGAAAGAGGUUUUUCCCUUCGUAAGGAUGGCCCUUUGGACAUGAGAAUGGAUGGUAGCAGGUACCCUGACAUGCCCACCGCAGCUGAUGUUGUGAACGCUUUAGAUCAACAGGCACUUGCAUCCAUCCUGAGAACAUACGGGGAGGAGAAGCAUGCCAAGAAAAUCGCUUUAGCAAUCGUUCAGGCACGCAGCAUCUACCCCAUCACCAGAACCCAGCAGCUUGCCAGCAUCGUUGCAGGUGCAUUUCCUCCCUCUGCUAUUUAUGCACGAAAAGACUUGCUGCAGCGAUCUACCCAUAUCGCUACCAAGACUUUCCAAGCAUUUCGCAUAUUUGUGAACAACGAACUUAAUGAACUUUAUACAGGACUGCAGACAGCCCAGAAGUUCCUGAGAUCUGGUGGUCGUCUUGUUGCCCUCUCCUUCCAUUCACUAGAGGAUCGCAUUGUCAAGCGAUUCUUACUUGGGAUAAGCAUGGCGGAAAGAUUUAACCUAAGUGUAAGGCAGAAGGUGACACAAACAUCGCAACUGGGUUCAGGUCACGAUAACAGGGAAGGAGUCUCUCCAAGAAGGGCUCCUUUAAUGUGGGAGUUGAUACACAAGAAGGUACUUACCCCAGAAGACCAGGAUGUACAGGAUAACCCCAGAGGGCGCUCAGCCAAACUUAGAGCAGCUAUCAAAUUAUGACAAAGUCAUAAUCGUCUGAUCCUUCAUGUUUUCCCUCACAGUUUCUUAUAAUGUUGUUAUGUAAAAUUCCUGAACAGCUUAACACAAGAAAAUAUAGGAUAGUAUAUAGAUAUGUACUACAUAUCUGUGGAGAUGGAGAAUAUUUAGCAUUUUUUUCUCAAAAGGAAAAUGUAGUAAAUAUGACACAGAAAGUUCAUCUUAAGGAGAAGCAGCAUCUCAAAACUAGAUUAAUGGGUUUACCUUAGCAUUUUACAGGAAAAAUUUAUGUUAUCAAUUAUGAUUAGAAAGUUUAAAUUAGUGAAUCCAAAUGAAUAAAAUAUUAGAAUCACUAUGGACAAAAGAUGGGACAUAAAUACUUGAGUUUUCCUUAGACUUACUUUAUCUGCCUCUGUAAUACUGAACUUCAGUUUCAAAGCUAGUUUGCCACUUUUACUUUAUAGGCUUUAUUCAAAUCUAACAAUUCUUCAGUUAAAUCAAAAUUAGAAAAUAUUCUAAGAAACAAUGUGACAAAUUAGAAACAAAUGAAUGUGCCUAGAUUAAUCUCCUGAAUCCUUCUGGAAGAAUUUUGUAAGUUUCUCUUUGCAUAAAGUCAUAUUUAUGAAUGAGAAAGAUUCCCAAAAGUAAGUUCCCAUUCAAGUAUCAGAUUAAAAAAGUAAAAUAUUGCACUCGUAUAUUCUACAUUGUUUCAUGUGUUUCAUUCAUUAUUUUUAGAUCUGUAUAGUAUGGGAAUUUUUUUUUCUUUAAUGUUAAUGAAACUGACUAUACUGGGUUGGAUAGUGCCCUCCCAAAAUCCAUUUCCUUCACAGGACCCCAGAAUGUAUCCUUGUUUGGAAGUAUGGCCAUUGCAAAUGUAAGCAGUUAAGGUGAUGUGAUACUGGAGCAGAGCAGGCCUUAGUCCAGUGUGUCUGGUGUCCUUGUAAGAAGAGGAGGACAGAGACACAGGCACAGAGAAGAACACCACCUGAAAAUGGAAGCUGGAAAAGGGGACUGUAGUGCUACCUCUACAAGCCAAGGGAAACCAAGGGUUGCUGGUGACCAUCUGAGGUUAGGAGAGAACCAUGAAAUGGAUUCUCCAUCAGGGUCUUCAGGUGGAACUACUUUGCUGACACCUUGAUUUCAGACUUCCAGCUUCCAGAACAGAGAAAGAAUAAAUUUCUGUUAUUUUAAGCACCUAUUUUGUGGUGGUGUGUUAGAGCAGCCUUGAGAAACUGAAACUCUGACAGAAAAAAAUCUUGAAUAGUGUGCAUGAAAAGAAUGCUUCUUCAAUAAACACAAAAUUGCUUUCAAA